AUGUUUGAAAACUGUAAUAAGUUAAAUUCAAUUUUAUUUUCAAAGAAUGUUUCAGAAAUACAAUCAAAAGCGUUCAGAAACUGUUUGUUAAUCGAAGAACUCAUUGUUCAGACGAAUAACAAUGAUAAAUUGAUUUUAGGAAAUAACGCUUUUGAAGGAUGCCGAAAAAUGAGAAGAUUCCGUACACAGUGUUCAGUUACAGAAGUCGGAGAUUACUGUUUCGAUGGAUGUGUCACAUUAUAUGACAUUGUCAUCGGAUCAGUCACGAAUUGUGGAAAAUUUGCAUUCAGAAACACUGAAAUUUCUCAAGUUUUGUUCAAAGAUGAAAAUAUGACAAUAUAUGAAUCAACAUUCGAGAACUGUUUAUCAUUAACAAAAAUCAUUAUAUUAGGAAGUGUGAGAGAAAUACAACAGUUCGCAUUCAAGAACUGUUGGAAUCUUCCUGAAUUGAUUCUAAAAACAUCUGUUGAUAAUUUCAAGAUUGGACAAUAUUCAUUCAACGGAUGUUGGAAUUUAGUUCGAUUAGAUUGUGAAUCAGAGACGAUAUCAAUUGGAGAUUCUUGUUUCAAUGGUUGUACAAAUUUAGAAGAAUUCAAUAUUGGAAGAGUUAUUUCAGUUGGAAAAUAUUCAUUUGCAGAUACGAAAAUAGUUAAUGUAUCAAUUGAUAUCGAUAACAUCGCAAUUCCAGAAGGUUUGUUCGAAGGAUGUUCUUCUCUUUCGAAUGUCAAUUUCAAUAAUGUAACAGAGAUCGGAAGUUUCUCAUUCAGGUAUUGCAUCAAUUUGAAAACAUUGACAAUUUAUUCACCAGAGAGAGAAUUUUUCAAGAUCGGAAAAUCAGCAUUCAAACAUUGUGUCAAUCUUGAGACAUUGCGAAUUCACGCAGUAUCUAUGGACUUAGAAAACAAUUGUUUCGAUGGAUGUGAGAAUCUUCACGAUUUAGUUAUUGGACCUAUUGUUCGUGUUCAAGAUUACGCAUUCAGUUAUUGUGCGAUCUCACAAGUAUUCAUCAACAUCGAUGAUGUUGUCAUCCCAGAAGGUUUGUUCUAUGGUUGUCACCACUUAAACCACGUCGCGUUCAAGAACAAUGUGAAAGAAAUAAAAUCUCACUCAUUCAGAGAAUGUUAUAAUUUGGAGAAACUGAUCAUUAAUUCAACAGAUAUCGUUAGUAUCGGAGAUAGUUGUUUCCAAGAUUGUUCUAAUUUGAAAACAUUGUUUAUUAACUGCGAACAAAUAUCAGUUGGAAAGAGUUGUUUCAUGAAUUGUUACAAAUUGAAUGAAACGAAAUUCGGUGUUUUCAUUAAUUUCGAUCAAUAUUCAUUCACAAAUUCAUCAAUCAAAGAAUUAAAUAUAUCAACAGAUGAUGAGAUAGAUGUUCCAAUCAGUUUAUUCGAAAAUUGUAUAAAUCUUUCGAUUGUCAAUAUUUCUGGAAUAUUUUCAUCUCUUUCAAACAACGUUUUCAAGAAUUGUUCUAAUGUAAAACAAAUAUAUAUAAAUCCAACUAAAGAUUUCGAAAUAGGUGACAACUGUUUCAAAGAUUGUUACAAUCUAUUUUCAUUACAUUGUCCUUCCGAUUUCGUGAAGAUUGGUUCUCAUUGUUUCGAAAAUUGUAAGAAACUAGCAGAUUUGAUAUUAGGAAUAAUAACAGAGAUAAAUGAAUACUCGUUUUAUAACUGCAAAGUUUCGAGAGUAUACAUCGACAAACAAAACGAAAACAUAGUUUUGCCGAAGUUUUGUUUCUUCCAAUGCAAUUAUUUAUUCGAUGUAAAAGUUUCUUCAAAAGAAAUUCAGAUAGAAAAUAACUGUUUCGAUGGAUGUUUCAACUUGUCAAAUUUCGAUUUCGAAGGAGAGAUAACAUAUGUAGGAUUCAAAUCGUUCAAUAGUUGUCAAAGUAUAAAAUCGAUCGUUUUGUCAUCUGAUAAUCUCAUUUUGGAAGAAAGCAGUUUCUUAGAUUGCAAAUCAUUGAAGACUAUAAAAAUAUACAAAAUGAAAUAUCUCGAAAUUCCAAAGAAUUGUUUCAGUGGAUGCACAUCAUUAGAAUAUUUCGAUUUCGGAGGAAUGAUCAGAAAUGUUGACGAGAACGCUUUCUAUCAAUGCAAGAAUUUGAAAUAUUUCAUCUGUGUUUCAUCAAAGUUAGUCAUAUUCAGGAAAUCUUGUUUCUUCGGUUGUCAAAAUAUAGAUUUAAUUAACAUAUCUUGUCCAACUGUACAAUUCGAAGAAAAAUGUUUCUGUGGAUGUGGUCUCAAAGAAUUAAUAUGUGAAUCAACAAUAUCAAAGAUUUCUUAUUUAUCAUUCGCAAAUUGUGAUCGUUUGAAAAUAUUAGAUAUAAAAUUAUCUGAUGAUAUAAUUGAGAUUCCUGAUUAUUCAUUCACAAAUUGUUCGAUGAUAAACACAAUAAAUAUACAAGCAAAGAAUAUAAAUAAGAUAGGAAAAUAUGCAUUUCAAAAUUCAAAUUCUCUAAAUAUUGCAAAUAUAAAAACGGAUUCAAAAAUUUUGUUAUUAGAUCAGUUCUGUUUCAUAAGAUCUGGAAUAACAAAUUUCGUUUCAAAUGCUGAUAUUCGUUCUAUGAAUGUAAGAACUUAA